GAAAAUUUUUCCAGACUAGUCGUAGUGGUAUGCGAUAAAUUAAAUCUCGGUUAAAAGAGUUCUUAUCAAAAGCUAUAAUCAGUAGAGGCGAACUUUAAUGCGUUCGCUAACGCGAAUCGCGUUGUACAGAAUUACGCCGUCCGCAGGAUGAGUACCCUUCGUGUAAACAACCGAAAGUUCCGCUCGGAACUUAGUGCAUUAUUUGUGAUAAUUUGUUCCCUGGCCCUGCUGGGUCAUAGAAGUUGCUGCAAUGGAGAGUCAACUGACAUCGAGUUGGAUGCCAAGGCCAACAAAAUGCACCAGAUUGAUAGCCUUAAUUUGCUCCUGUACACGUUCCUGCUCACGCUGACCGUGCUGACGAUUUGGCUCUUUAAACAUCGGAGGGUUUCCUGGCUACACGAAACCGGACUGGCUGUCAUAUACGGACUCAUAGUUGGAGCCAUCAUUCGGUAUGCUGGCACUACAACACCAAUUACACACGUGGCGGUGGAACCGGAGCCAGAUGUGAAGUAUAAUCAAAGCCUGCCCCCAGAUACGUUGUGGCUUAUGUUCCCCGGGAAGCUGCAGGUCGAUGGGGAUGUACCGGUUCGGGCAAACAAAAGCUAUUCGUAUAGCUUCCGCGGUGAAGUCGCCAAAUUGGAGGAAAACGAAAUUGACCUGAAGGCAACCUUUGACCCUGAAAUUUUCUUCAACAUUAUUCUACCACCGAUCAUCUUUCACGCCGGAUAUAGUCUCAAACGGAAAUAUUUUUUCCGCAAUUUAGGAGCUAUUCUAACAUUUGCCAUUAUUGGGACAACACUUUCGGCUUUUCUGAUCGGCGCAUUGAUGUACGGUUUUGCACAGAUGAUGCCGAAGUUAAGUGCCAGUUUUACUUUUCUCGAUAUGCUUUACUUUGGGGCACUGAUCUCACCGACUGAUCCAUUGACAAUACUAGCGAUAUUUAGUGAUUUACACGUCGAUGUUAACCUGUAUGCUUUGGUGUUUGGAGAAAGCGUAUUAAACGAUGCGGUAUCGCUUGUACUCAGCGGUGCUAUACAAAACUAUGGCGAGCAUUAUUCGAGUACCGGCGGUUUCGAGGGUCAUGCCUUCCUUAGGUCUCUUGGAGACUUUUUCAGUGUAUUUUUCUUUUCACUUCUCAUUGGUGCAUCGAUGGGAUGUAUAACGGCUCUCAUGACAAAAUUUACCCACAUUCGUGAUUUUCCUUUACUUGAGUCGGCUUUAUUUGUGCUCAUGUCAUACAGCACUUUCCUCAUAGCGGAGGCAGCUGAGCUAACUGGGGUCGUGGCCGUAUUGUUCUGCGGCAUAUGUCAAGCGCACUACACAUACAAUAAUCUAUCGGACGAUUCACGAACUAGAACAAAGCAGAUUUUUGAAUUAUUAAACUUCCUCGCAGAAAACUUUAUUUUCUCCUACAUCGGUGUAUCGAUGUUCACCUUCCCGAAACAUCACUUCGAUCCGUUAUUUAUCGUUAGUGGUUUUAUAUGCGCCGCAAUUGGCCGAGCUGUAAAUAUUUAUCCUCUAUCGGCGUUGCUAAAUAUUGCUAGAAAACCAAAGAUUUCGUGGAACUUCCAACAUAUGCUUUUCUUUGCGGGUCUCAGAGGAGCAAUGUCAUUUGCACUAGCUAUAAGGAACACCGUGUCGGAUGCGCGACAAGCCAUGCUCACUACAACUUCGCUAAUAGUAAUCGCAACUGUAAUUAUUCAAGGAGGUGCAUCGAACUUUCUGCUGAAUUGGUUAAAAAUACCAGUUGGCGUCGAUGAUGAAACGGAGGCAUUACCUUAUCGUGGUGUAAGAAGCGUCUACAACUCGAUGGAGAACACAGCCGGGUCUAUCGACGUUGGUCUGAAUCUAAGUCAGCUGCAAGUUAAUAGAAGGACCAGUUCAUUGGAUCUGGAGAACCAAGAUAGCGAAGGAAUCACUACACCUGGUGGAACAAGGAGAGGAAACGAAAAGGCCGUUUUGGCUCGUGUUUGGGGUAAUUUUGACACAAGAUACAUGAAACCAUUACUAACCCAUUCGCGGCCAACCCUGCUGGAAACGCUUCCGGUGUGCAUGAGUCCAAUCGCACGGUUGCUGACCACUACGGAACAAUUAACACAGGAGGGUCCAACUAGACGUGCAGAUUCUGACUCGGAUCUGUGCAUUGAUGAGGACGAUCGGACAUCGCGCGGUGAUGGCACCAUACGACGUAAUUCGAUCACUCGCCCCAAAAUGAGAAAAUAAAGAAACGCUUGUGAUUUCUGUUAAACGAAGCUAAACAAAAGAGAACGAAAAUCGAACGGAACGGAAAUUGACGAAGAAAAAUUUCCCCGUGGAUGUCGAGUAUUGUCCUAUUAUCAAAGUCGUGUACAUAUUGUUUAGUUUAGAAAUAUUAUCCAUUAUUCAAAGGGAGUUGGUUUGUGCAAUUUGCAGUAUGGUACAAAAUGUAUUGUAUAAAUGAAAGGCCGAAACAUGUCGGUUAACUUAUUAUCCUAUUAUUUUAAUGUUUUUCUUUAUCAAAUUAAUUUAAGUAAUAUAAAUUGAUACAAAUUUUUAUAUUUGAACCGAAAUUUUUGCCGUAUAACGUGCCAAUACAAUCAAUGAAUGCAUCGAAUUCGGUCAGUCUGAGCUGCUUCGUUUCAAUUUGAUUUAUUGCUUUAUAAUUUAAGGUAUUAAUUACAGUCGGUUGAACAUCACAGAAGCAAAAUCCAAUAUUGUUUAAUUGGUUUAUGUUCAUUCAAAGAUGAUUGGCAUUUCACUCAUUAGAUAGAUUGGUUUUACUCUUGAAGAAUUAAUACAUUAGCAGUUCCGCCUGUGAUGAACCACGACUAAUAAUUUUAUGAUUUAUAUAAUCCGUACUUAAUUGUUAAGUUUCCCAAUGACAGUUUUCACAGAAAAACAGUAGAAUAUUAUCCAACUCGCCGCUUGAUUUGCAAAGAGUUUCCAAGAGUAGAUGAUAAUUUCCUCCGAGAGGUUAGAUUGUAACACCAUAAAAGUGGUUUUAAUGUGAAGCAACAAAGUUAAUAGAAAGUGAAUUGAAUAUUUAAAAAAAUAUUGUUUAAUAGAAGUUUGUAGAAGUGAAGCUGCACUGAACAUACAUGAUUUGAAACAGCAACCUAGCCGUUAGUAAAAGAGCCAAUUGCAAAGCAAGAGUGAAUAUUUGCCACAAAUACAAUGUCCUCUAUGUGAACUGUUUCGCUUAUUUU